AUGGGGAUGGGAGUGGGGCAGGCGCUGCUUGUGCUGUUGGCUGCCUGGGUGGUGAUGCCUGUGAAGGACCCGUUGCUGAACAUCUGUAUGGAUGCCAAGCACCACAAAACCAAGCCUGGCCCAGAGGGAAAGCUGCAUGACCAGUGUGCUCCCUGGAAGGACAAUGCCUGCUGCACAGCCAAUACCAGUUCAGAAGCCCACAAGGACCAAUCCAACCUGUACAACUUCAACUGGAACCAUUGUGGGGUGAUGCCACCCAAGUGCAAGCGCCACUUCAUCCAGGACACGUGCUUGUAUGAGUGCUCACCCAACCUUGGGCCCUGGAUUGACCAGGUUGACAGCAGCUGGCGUCGGGAGAGGAUUCUUCAUGUGCCACUCUGCAAAGAGGACUGUGAGGAGUGGUGGGAGGAUUGCAAGGACUAUCUCACGUGCAAAGAGAACUGGCAUAAGGGCUGGAACUGGGCAACAGGAACAAACCGCUGUCCUUGGGGCUCCAUGUGCAGACCCUUCAGCAAUGUCUUCCCCCGACCAAAAGACCUGUGUGAGAAAAUCUGGUCCAACUCCUACAAAUACACCACAGAGCACCGGGGCAGCGGACGCUGCAUCCAGAUGUGGUUUGACCCUGCCCAGGGAAACCCCAAUGUGGUUGUGGCCAAGUACUAUGCUUGGAAAAAGAGAUCCUCACCUGCUUCGAUGAAGAAUACGACUCUGGAGACUGACGAAGCGGUGUGUGCUCUCCCAUGGCCUGUCCUGGUCCUGCUGCCUCUGGCCCUCGUGAUGCUCCCUGAGGGAGCCAGGGGCUGUGGAUCCCUGAUUCUGGCCCUGGUCUUUGAUCGUUAUGUGGCUACGUGCUACCUGUGGAAAUACUCUUCCAUCCUCACCAGUGCCAGGACAGCCGAGAUCGGGCUGGCUGCUCUGUGCAGAUGUGCUUUACCAACUGUGCCCCCAUUCGUGGCAUUAAAAGGAUUGCCUUUCUGCCAGUCCCGUGUGCCCCCCAGUGCCUCCUGGCUGCAUCAGGACCUGGUCAAGCUGGUGUGUGCAGAUAUCACAUUCAAUAACUGGUAUGGCUUUGCUGUAGCCAUCCUCUUUCUGACAUCAGACCUCAUCCUCAUCUUUGUGUCAUAUAUACUGAUCGCUAGGGCCAUUCUGAUCAUCGCAUCCCACAGGGAGCAUUUCAAGGCUUUGAACAACUGCCUGUCCUGUAUCCUGGCAGUCCUGAUCCUGGACACCCCCAUGGUUGGCUUGUCCAUGGUUCACUGGUGUGGCAAGCACGCUUCCCCUGUCGUUCACAUCUUCAUGGCCAACAUCCACCUGCUGGUCUUCCACAUGCUGAACCCCAUCACCUACAGCAUAAAAAUUAAGCAGAUCUGCAGGGGCAUCCUCGGGGUUCUCUUGCCUGGGUGUCCCGGUAUGAGGCAGGGACAGGUCACAGCUGUGGGACGAGACCAGGGGUGA